AGUUAAUUCUGUCUUUCUGCACACGUAUUGCCCCCUCCUCCCGCUGAAUCCUGUUGAAAUGAGUUGCUGACUCUAAUCGCAGGAUAGCUGGGGAGGAGGAGAAGGGGGGUUGGUAGUGAAAGAGUGGCUGAAAGGCUUGGCUACAACCCCAGUAACACAAAGCUCCGUUUGUUGCUGUGGCUUCGCAAAUCCAGCCAGAUUGAGUGGGGGAAUCUGGCCGCUCACAACCAGACGCCUCAGCUGCCGACUCGCGUCCCUUCACAAAGGCGGUGUGAAGAAUGAAGAGAUUCUUUGUUCUAAUGCUUCUGAGCUUCUUGCUCACUGCCCAAGCCAUGCCCUCCAACCGCAUGUCGUGCUACAAAAAGAUGCUGAGGGGUCGAAGCUGCCAUAAUAUUCCCCAGGGGACUGAUCACUUGCGCCCCAUUGACCAGGGUCUGGCGGACCACUUCUGGGAUGGAGAUAGUUGCGAGGUGGUCUGCUAUUGCAAUUUUCGGGAGUUGCUCUGCUGCCCCAAGGACAUUUUCUUUGGACCAAAAAUUUCUUUUGUGAUUCCUUGCAACUAACAAAACAAGGAGAUUCAACGGCAGCAAGAAAACUGAUGACCAUCUGGAAUCAGGUGGAGGAAUAACUGCAUCCCAGUAUACAUGUGUACAAUAUAAUUAAUGCCACACAAUAUAAUGGAUAGAAACUUAAUUAUUUUCUAUGUCUGUUGACUUCAUUUAUACAACGUAAACAAAUAUAUACACA